CCGCAGGCGAUUAGGGGUAGGGUGGGGCAUUUAUGAACAAAUGGGUCCCAGUGCAGAGCAGAAAAAGGAAGCUGUGUGUUGUGAAGUCAGGGCAUGAGGUUAUGGGGUGAAGUGCAGUACAUAGGGACACCCCAAGUAGCACAGGCAGUCCUAGGGGCUGGAUCUCACCCUUCCCACCCCCUUCCUCCGGAGAUCCCUCUUGCCUUUUCCAGCAGCGGCUUGUACACAUUUUCCGAUUUCCUGUGAGAGCCUCCGCCCUGCAAGAGCGGGGUGACUCAGGACCCCGGUGGCCUGGGCCCCCAGCACUGUGAGAUCUUUGUUUGCCCAGGCCUUUGGCUCUGGCCCUCUAGCCUGUGGCCGUCAAAGGAUUUCCUGAGCCUCGCCCUUGCCCUCUGACAGCCAAGGCAGAGCGACCUAGUUGAGAUCUGGGGUGGGGGGGUGGGCCCUGAGCUAGGUAGCAGUCCUUUCAUGGGGCUCAGGAGAUGGACCGAAAACAGGUAAGAGAGCCUGGGCCCGGCCAGCGGUCCCCCGAGGAUGAAAAGGAGAUGAUCCGGAAGGCCAUCCAGAAGGAGCUGAAGAUCAAGGAGGGUGUGGAGAACCUGCGUCGUGUGGCCACAGACCGGCGGCACCUGGGCCAUGUGCAGCAGCUGCUGCGAGCCUCAAACCGCCGUCUGGAGCAGCUGCAUGGAGAGUUGAGGGAACUGCAUGCCCAGGUUCUGCUGCCGGACCCAGCUGAGCCUGUGGCCUCAGGACCACGGCCCCAGGCAGAGCAGCUAAGGGCUCGGCGCUUGGAAGCUUUACAGAGGCAACUGCAGGUGGAGCUGAAGGUAAAGCAGGGGGCCGAGAACAUGAUUCACACAUGUGCCAGUGGCACCCCCAAGGAGAGAAAACUUCUAGCAGCUGCCCAGCAGAUGCUGCGGGACAGUCAACUGAAAGUGGCCCUGCUCCGGAUGAAGAUCAGCAGCCUGGAAGCCAGCGGGUCCCCAGAGCCAGGUAAGGCUUCUGGAAGCAGGGAGGACGGUGCCAGGUGCCCAGGGCUGAGGGCUCACCUCCUCCCUGUAGGCCCCGAGCUGCUGGCAGAGGAGCUGCAGCACCGGCUGCAUAUUGAGGCUGCUGUGGCCGCAGGAGCCAAGAACGUGGUGAAGUUGCUCGGUGGCCAGAGAACACAGGACCGCAAGGCACUGGCUGAGGCCCAAGCCCAGCUCCAGGAAUCUUCCCAGAAGCUGGACCUCUUGCGACUGGCCUUGGAGCUGCUACUGGAGGGGCUGCCUCCUACCCACCCUCUGCGUAGCAGGGUGGCCCGAGAGCUUCGGACUGCCAUGCUUGGGAACCCCCAGCCUUCCAGGACACUUGUGAAACCCACUGCUCUGACAGGGACAUUGCAGGUUCGCCUCCUAGGCUGUGAGCAGCUACUGACAAACGUGCCUGGACGUUCUCCGGUGGCUGCGUUGGCAGGCAGCCUCUCUGAGGGCUGGCUCCGAACCAGGGCCAAACAGCAUCGUGGUGGAGGCGAACUGGCCAGCGAGGUGCUGGCUGUAUUGAAGGUCGACAACCGUGUUGUGGGUCAGACAGGCUGGGGGCAGGUGGCCAAGCAGUCCUGGGACCAGACGUUUGUCAUCUCCCUGGAACGAGCUCGUGAACUGGAGAUUGGGGUGCACUGGCGGGACUGGCGGCAGUUGUGUGGUGUGGCCUUCCUGAGGCUUGAGGACUUCCUAGACAAUGCCUGUCACCAGCUCUCCCUCAGCCUGGUGCCACAGGGGCGGCUCUCUGCCCAGGUGACCUUCUGUGACCCUGUCAUUGAGAGGAGGCCUGGGCUGCAGAGGCAGAAAUGCAUUUUCUCUAAGCGCAGAGGCCAGGACUUCCUGAGGGCUUCCCAGAUGAACCUCAGCAUGGCAGCCUGGGGACGCCUGGUCAUGAGUCUGCUGCCCCCCUGCAGCUCACCAAGCACAGUCAGCCCCCCUAAAGGGUGCCCUCCAACCCCAACUGCACCCCGUGGGGCCUCUGACCCUGCUUCCCUCAGUAAUUUUCUACCUAAGAAGACAUCUUUGGGAGAAGACAGGAAACCUCCACCCAAGCCUCCACGCCUCUAUCUGUCCCAGGAACCAACCCUGGAGAUUCCGCGCACCAAACGUCCUCAUAUGGAACCUAGAACUGGACCCAUGCCCACCCCAACUGCCUCACCCACCAGAAAACUUCCCCGGCUUCAGGAUUUUCGAUGUUUGGCCGUGCUGGGCCGGGGACACUUUGGGAAGGUCCUCCUGGUCCAGUUCAAGGAGACAGGAAAAUACUAUGCUAUCAAGGCACUGAAGAAGCAGGAGGUGCUGGUCCGGGAUGAGAUUGACAGCCUGUACUGUGAGAAGCGUAUCCUGGAGGCUGUGGGUCGUACAGGACACCCCUUCCUCCUCUCCCUCCUUGCCUGCUUCCAGACCUCCAGCCACACCUGCUUUGUGACUGACUUCUUGCCUGGGGGAGACCUCAUGAUGCAGAUCCACGAGGAUGUCUUUCCUGAGCCCCAGGCCCGCUUCUACCUGGCCUGUGUGGUCCUGGGGCUGCAGUUCCUACAUGACAAGAAGAUCAUUUACAGGGACCUGAAGCUGGAUAAUCUUCUGCUUGAUGCCCAGGGUUUCCUGAAGAUCGCUGACUUUGGACUAUGCAAGGAAGGGAUUGGUUUUGGGGACCGGACGAGCACCUUCUGUGGCACCCCGGAGUUCCUGGCCCCUGAGGUGCUGACCCAGGAGGCCUACACGCGUGCAGUGGACUGGUGGGGGCUGGGCGUGCUUCUCUAUGAGAUGCUAGUGGGUGAGUGCCCAUUCCCAGGGGACACAGAAGAGGAGGUGUUUGAUUGCAUCGUUAACACAGAUGCCCCAUAUCCCCACUUUCUGUCUGUGCAAGGGCUUGAGCUCAUUCAAAAGCUCCUCCAGAAGUGCCCAGAGAAGCGUCUUGGGGCAGGAGAGCGGGAUGCUGAGGAGAUCAAGAUCCAGCCAUUCUUCAGGACCACUAACUGGCAGGCCUUGCUUGCCCGUACUGUCCAGCCCCCCUUCGUGCCCACGCUCUGCGGCCCAGCAGACCUGCGAUACUUCGAGGCUGAGUUCACCCGGCUGCCUCCAACCCUGACCCCAUCUGCCCCCCGAAGUCCUCUCACCGCUCGUCAGCAGGCAGCCUUCCAGGACUUUGACUUUGUGUCUGAACGAUUCCUGGAGCCCUGAGGGCACCUCUGCCUCUCCCUGCCAGACUGUCAGAACUCCGACUUGCCCGUGU